UUUUGAGUCCUCCGCUGCCAGCAUUGCAGAAAAUUAUAGUUACUUUGAAGUUGAGUUAUCUUCAUCAGGAAGCAUCCACUUUGCGCGGCAGGUGUAUUGAUCAAAGGGAUGCCAGUGCGAGUGGCCAAAUAUCAUGGGAAGCGAGUGAGAAUCAAUGGCACCGCCUCAAGGAUUUAGAUGAAUAUUUGGAGCAAUCAAUCUCGUCGAAGAAUUAGAUUUAGAAGGUGCUUUGAUGUUGUAGUUGAGGAAAAAGCUAUAAUAUAAUUCUGCUGUUCUGGUCUUUGAUGAUCUGUCAAGAGCGGGUGUCUAGCGUGAGACUGCUUGCAGGAAUGCGCGUGUGACCCAUCCAGAGCGACAAUAUAAACUUCUGUCAAGUGAGAAAACGAGCGUCCAGUUUAUCAAGUUUAUGAAUGAAGAAACGAGAUAUUUUUCUCUUAAUUGAGUUCUGAAAGAUCCGCCGCACGAUUCCUCGAAACCAACCUCACACAAAUUAUCUGUCGUGGUUUUCAAGCCCAUGAUGCAACUGUGUCGGUAAAAA